GAUCAUGCCACAUAAAUGGGAGAACGAUAGGAAAAAGAGCAGCACCACCAGCUCUCUGAAGAUGGAUCGAAAGAGCAAUGCUGGCAACAGGAAGUCAAGAAAGUUUCGCUCCAUUUCAAGAUCACUUAUACUGUGCAAUGCCAGAAACAGUGAUGAUGGGUCAAGUCCCGAUGAGAAAUGUCCCGAUCCCUUUGAGAUCUCCACCAGCUGGGGUCAAGAGGAAUUUGACUGCUGCCCUAGAGCACAACUGCCAAGCACAUCAGAGACAGAAGACAGCCCACCUGAUCCUCCAUGUGUCAUCACCAGCACAGCCCAGUCCAAGGCAGCCACAAAUGAGAACUGCAACAACAUGAGAAGAAAGUUACUCAUCAAGGACAACUGCAUCUGCAGAUUGUGUGCAACCAGAGGAAACAGAAGCUCAGGAAUCAAGCUUUCCAGGAGUCCAAACUGUGCCUCUCUCUGGAAAGGGUUCUCAGGCUGCCAGGUACCUGCUGGAAGCACAACAAACAGGGAUGGAUGUCUGAGUCCAAGGAAUGAACUGUUAACACUAAAUGGGCAAUCACUUAAAGAUCUGCCCAGCAAGGAGGCUGAAUCUCUCAUUCAAUCAACAACACAGCUGGAAACGCCAACCUGUAAGGAAAGGCCUUUGGAAAUACAAAAUGCUUGUUUUCUGCAGAGUAAAGCCUUGUGUCAACGGACACGCAGUAACUCAACCAGUAUAAACCCAUUCUGGAUAGGGGACAUGGACUGCACAGCACCCCGGAAAGCCGUGCCCUUCAGAGAGCGGCAGCCCCAUGCCCUCCAUACCAAUCGGAAAUCACUUUCCCAACAGCUGGACUGCUCUGGAGGGAGAACCCCAGCAAUUUCAAGGCCAUCUAGAUCACUGAGUACAGCACAGCUGGUGCAUGCAUCUUGUGGCUCACAGGCUUCGGUAAUCUCUAACAUCGUGUUGAUGAAAGGACAAGGGAAGGGCUUGGGCUUUAGCAUCGUUGGAGGGAAAGACAGCAUUUAUGGGCCAAUAGGAAUCUAUGUCAAAACCAUCUUUCCUGGUGGAGCUGCUGCAGCUGAUGGAAGGCUACAAGAAGGUGAUGAAAUCCUAGAACUGAAUGGAGAAUCAAUGCAUGGAUUAACACAUUAUGAUGCUUUACAAAAAUUCAAGGUUAUGUACUCUCCUUCCAAAACAGUUCCAGCCUUUACACGCAACAUGCGUGUGAACUCAACCCAUUCAAUCAUGAUCUUUUCUUUCCAACAGGCCAAAAAGGGUCUUCUGACCCUCACAGUGAGGACAAGCUUCAGCACACCUCAUUCUGCUUCCAGCUAUUUGUCGCCCCACUUAUGUCAGUCACUCAGCUCCAGUAUAUGCAUAACCAAAGAAAACAGCUCUUUCAGUUCCGAAAGUCCAGUGUUCUUAUUAAAUGCCACAAAGCCCAAUGACAGGGUCAUAAUGGAAGUUAGCCUAAACAAAGAGCCGGGGGUUGGCCUUGGAAUUGGAUUAUGCAGCAUCCCUUACUUCCAGUGUAUUUCAGGGAUUUUCAUUCACACCCUCUCACCAGGUUCUGUGGCACAUAUGGAUGGGAGACUCAGGUGUGGAGAUGAAAUUAUUGAAAUUAAUGAAGCAUCAGUGCAAAAUAUGACUCUGAAUGAAGCUUAUGCUGUGCUAAGCCAUUGUGACCCUGGUGCCGUGCAGAUUAUUAUCAGCAGACACCCUGAACCACAGGUGUCUGAGCAGCAGCUAAAAGAAGCUGUUGCACAAGCUGUGGAAAACAACAGAUUUGGAAGGGAGAGACAUCAAUGGAAUAGUGAAGGCGUUAAAAGACUAGACACAAGCUGGCAUGGAAAACACCCAUGUGAAAAACAUAUUGAAAGGAACACUGCUUAUUGCACCCGUAAAGCCCAGAAGCUGAUGACCCGCUCCAGCAGUGACAGCAGCUACAACCCCAGGUCCUUGUGUAGUAAUGGUGCUGCAUAUCAACUGAGUGACUUGAAAGAAAGGGUACACAGCAUUGAUGUACCAAUUACCAGACAGCCUGGCCUGCUGUAUUCAUUGUCUGGAAACAAUUUUGAGAGAAGUUCCCCUCUUACUUGUAGCGAAGGAAAUCAACCCUUGCAAAAUGCUAAGAAAUCAACAGAGAUUCUUGUUAGAAAACCUAAAUCAUCGAAGCCCAAACCUCCUCCAAGGAAAUAUUUUAAGCAGGACUGCACAGGAAAUGAUCAGUACACUGCAGAUAGAAAGGAAAAGCUUGUAUCUGAAGAGACUGAAUCACCUUCUGCAAAUGUGCAGGAAGUUAGAGAACCAAUGCUAGAGGGACAGCAAACAGACGUAACUCACAGUGUCUUCACCACUUCUCCUACAGCUUCUGAACGCACAACUGCUGUUCCAGUGGCCAGAGAUCAAGAACGAAAACCAAACUUAGGAACUCCAGUUUCAUCAAUACGAAGGCCUGUCCUUAAGAGGCAAGCACGGGUAGAUUAUACCCUUGAUACUACAACAGAAGAUCCUUGGGUUAAGAUUUCCGACUGCAUAAAAAGCUUAUUUAAUCCUACCAUGAGCGAAGACAACGGCCGCUUAGAUUUGCAACCUGGCAUUGACAAAAAUGAAGAACACGAAAAUCGAAGCAGCUCAGAGGUGGUUCUGCAGAAAUCAGAAUCAGAAACAGUCAGUUCAAAAGUGUUAAAAUCAGAUGAAAAUGAUGCUCUGAAAAAGGGCCCUCCUGUAGCACCUAAGCCAGCCUGGUUUCGCCAAAGUCUGAAGGGACUGAGGAAAGCAAAUUCAGACCUCAAACCACAGGCAGAUCAAAGUCCUUCUGACCUUCAGAGUGUUUCCACCAAAGAACUGCAAUCCAGUCUGUCUUCCAGGGGAUCAUCGAUCAAACAGAGAAUAAGCUCAUUUGAAUCUUUGAGUGCUCCGCAGUCACCUGAAAAAGUACACCGAAGGCUCAGCCCAAAACCAUCAGUCCAGAAGGAACACUCUCCCUCUGCAAAAUGGUCAGAAGGGGCUCCAAACCAUUUCAGCCAAACCUUUCUCCAGUGCUCUGAAAAUAGCCAACAGUCAAAGUCAUCUGUGGUUAUGGGUACAAAGAGCCUAGAUAGAUCUUCCUGUCCCAAAGACAUCCUUGCAGCCAGCUCAGAGAAAAACAAUGAUGCCAACACCAAAAAUCCUCCAGGCCUUCUCAUUGCAGAAGCCAUUGCAACUUCCCAUGUAGCACCAGUAGCAAAAGUACACAACCUGAGAUCACGAAGCUUUCCACUUACUGCCACCCAGUCUUGUGAGAUGAUGAAGACAUUCGAUGAAAAGUAUAGUAAAAUCUAUUCCAUCAGUAACCAGGUGUCAUCUGCUUUAAUGAAGUCUUUGCUUUGCCUUCCUCAGUCCCCAGUCCCUUCUGGGAACAGUGCAUGGGAAGCCCUGGACACUUUAUCUCAGACUUCUGCAGAAGAGGAUGGGACUUCUCUCCCACCUGCAAGUGAGAACCAUCACCCAGACACCGGAUUUUCUCUAAACCUCUCUGAGCUGAGAGAAUACACUGUGAGCUUAGCAGAUAGCGAGAAAGAAGAGGAGAAACAGGAACAAGGCUCACCUCAAGCAUCCGGUGUGUCAGGGCAGUCUGUCAUCUCUCUGCUUUCCCCUGAAGAGUUAGAAAAGCUCAUAGAGGAAGUCAAAUCACUAGAUGAAGUGACGUUAAAGGAAUUAGAUGAUAUUCAUGUUACAAUUCUGCAUAAAGAAGAAAACACUGGGCUUGGAUUCAGUCUGGCAGGGGGUGUAGAUCUAGAAAACAAAGUGAUAACAGUUCACAAGGUGUUUCCCAAUGGACUAGCAUCUCAGGAAGGAACUAUUCAGAAAGGAGAUGAAGUACUAUCCAUUAAUGGAAAGUCUUUUAAAGGGGCGACUCACAACGAUGCCUCAGUGAUCAUGCGACAAGCUCGACAACCCAGACAAGCUGUUGUUGUCACUAGAAAAGCAAAAGAUGGAGAAAAAAGUCACAACAUUUCAACUGGCUCUAGCACAUCUUCAGUUGCAAGUGAUGCCUCACAAGAAUCAGCAACGGAAGAUACAAUCUGCACUAUAACUCUAGAAAAAUCAGCUGCUGGUUUGGGAUUCAGUCUGGAAGGUGGGAAGGGCUCUAUUCAUGGAGAUAAACCCAUCAUCAUCAACAGGAUAUUUAAAGGUACCUCACUGGAGCAAAGCGGCCCAGUUCAGCCUGGUGAUGAGCUAUUACAAGUGCACACCACAGCCUUGCAAGGACUCACUCGUUUUGAAGCGUGGAAUAUAAUCAAGGCAUUACCUGAUGGGCCCAUCACAGCUAUCAUCAAAAGAAAGAAUCCAAGCUCCGUUACCAAGAGGGCAUCUGAAACUUUGUAAGAGGAGUAAUUAAGACUACUGCCAAUAUUAUAGACAGUAAGAGAUGGUGUGGUUUAUCACUGACAGACAUCUGGCUAGCAUGGCGAGAUACUCUGAAACUGCAUAUGAAAGGUACAUACAACUUCACUGCCUGUUAGAGAAAGCUGUUUGGGUUAAAAUGAGAAGAUGCGAACAUAAAGUAAAUGAUUACUAUUUCAGAAAAUUGUUUCAGUGUCAAAUGAUAACAAAAAAUGACUUUAUAAAUAAUAUACUGGUUUUAAUAAGAUGUGAAAGCGAUAGUAUUCUUAUUUUAAGCCAUUCUCUUAAAGGCUGAGAGCACAUUCUGCAACAAAGCGUUCACUUCUGCUUUACUAGUUUUGCUUUCAGCUUUAUCUUCCCAAGAGAAGGGAAUGUACACACCCACAGUGAAAGACAGUAACACAGCAUCUGUAAAAUGCAGAGGAGGUAGGAUACAACAUAGCGCUUCAAAAAUAAAACAUGCCCUGAAAAACUCCAACUUUUCUAUUCAAACUGCAGAACAGCCUAAAACUGACCAGGAUAGCUUUCUAUUAGCAGCUGAAAGAGCUGUGUUGACUCCAGUAUGCAAACACUAGGGACAAAAAAAUAAAGGGAGCAUCUCAUAGUAUUGCUAGGGUGAGGCAGGAAGCUGAGGGAAAUAGAGUGAAGGUUCUUCUGAUAUUCCUUUGGUCAGAGAUCUCACGGGACCAGAGUCAAGAACAGCAAGGCCAUCUAGAAACAAGAGUGCACCUUAUUUUUAAAUUUCUCUGUAUAAUUUUUGUAAAGAAAAAUAUCAGCAUUUA